AUGCCACAAACUGACCUCCCAGAGGUCGGUAACCCACUACAAACAACGUCUCAACUUGAACCCCAACCUACAAACCCAACUCAACAAUGGCAUCCCCCCGAACACGCGCCCGAGCUCGCAUCUGCACCCCUCUCUAAACACGCAACCCACCUCUACGCCGUCUCCUACCUAAUAUUCUUCUCAUUACUGGGUACACUAGCCCGCCUCGGCCUCCAAGCCUUAACAUUCUACACGGGCGCGCCCGUCGUCACCGGCGUACUAUGGGCGAACGUAGGCGGCAGCCUGGUAAUGGGCUUCCUAACCGAAGACAAGAAUUUGUUUUUGGAGGAAUGGGGCGAGAAGCCAGUGCAACACGAUAAAGACGCACCACAAGAUGUGCAAGCUGUCGAAGCCAGCGUGAAGAGACAUAAAGCCGUCAAGAAGACUAUUCCGCUGUAUAUCGGCCUGACGACUGGCUUCUGUGGCUGCUUUACGUCCUUCUCGUCGUUUAUCCGGGAUGUGUUUCUUGCACUUGCUAAUGCCCUGCCGGAUCCGUCGCUGCCGGCUGGAUCGGCUAUUGCGUCGCGAAAUGGCGGAUAUAGCUUCAUGGCGCUGGUUGCCGUUGUUCUGUUGACGGUAUCGCUGAGUAUCUCAGCGCUGAUCUUCGGCGCGCACGUUGCUCUCGCAUUGACGCGCUUUACCCCUACUGUUCCAUUCAAGUUCACGCGACGUGUUCUAGACCGUGUGUUUGUUGUUUUGGCAUGGGGCUGCUGGCUAGGCGCGGUCUUUCUGGCGAUUUGGCCGCCAGAUCGACACGAUGGGCCGGAUGCCUGGCGUGGUCGAGCUGUGUUUGCACUCGUCUUCGCGCCACUUGGAUGUCUGCUGAGGUUUUAUGUCUCGUUGUAUCUCAAUAGCCGUAUUCCUACGUUCCCACUUGGUACGUUUACGGUUAAUAUCUUUGGAACUGUUAUCGAGGGCAUUUGCUAUGAUCUUCAGCAUGUCAAUGGCCUUGGGGCUAUGGUUCCUGCUGCUUUGACUGGGUGUCAGGUGCUGCAGGGUGUUAUGGAUGGGUUUUGCGGGAGUACGACAACUGUUAGUACUUGGGUUUCUGAGUUGGAUGGUCUGUCUCGUCGUCGAUUUUCUUAUCUUUAUGGCUUCACUAGUGUGGCUGUUGCCCUUGGGUUCUUGGUUGUUAUCAUGGGUUCUUUGCUGUGGACUCGUGGGUUUGAUGAUCCUGUCUGUGGGUGA